CAGAAAAGGUGAUAUAUCUUGGCUGACAGGGAAAAACUAACUGUUAACACAAAGUAUGAAACUCCCAGACAUCUCUUGGACGGCUAGUGUCGCCUACAGCACGGAAAGGGCUAGAUUGUAUGUCGGACAAAAUGGACCACCAAAACGGCAAGCCAGCGUGGAUUAGUUUCUUUGACGGGGAUGUGUACCAUCAAUAUCAGUCUUUUGUCCGAACAAGGGAUUUUAACAAGAUCCUCCAAACACAACGAGCCGAGGAUUCGUCCAAACUGCAGGAUCUCAAACCCUGGCCUCAACAGGAAGUGGCGUCACAUCCAGCAGACGAUCCAAUCACAAACCCGGAUGCAGAAUACUCGGAGAUCCCUGCAGACAGAACACUUCCGCCCGACGUCAUCUUCCCUUCAGCCGAGGAAGCUAAGGCUCGACGAAAAAGAACUCGAACAUACGUUCUACUCGGUAUCCUCGUCAUGUCCCUAGUCGCCAUGUUGGUGGCUCUGCUGCUUCACUUUCAUCUUCAAAAAUCUCUGUUUGGGAGCGCUUCCCUCACGGGUGGUGGAACAACGCCCUUGCCCCCGGGCUUUGGAAGAACCAGCUCCCUCCAGGCCACGGACAGGUCGGGUGCAAAUACGAAGAAUGCAGCUUUUUUCCAUCAUCCUGAUCCUAAUUUUCUGAAAACUAUAUCCCGGGACGCCAACAAAGUCAUCGGUGACUUACCUCCCUUUGAGCCUGCCAAGUUCCCCAAUGACGUCACCAUGAUCCCCACAUCCGGAAUCGAGGCUUCAGUUUUCGGCAAGAGGCCAGCUCCUAUCACCAUGGCAACCCCCAAUGUUGUGUCCACGCUAUUGGAGCGGGAACUGCAGCUCAAGUGCCUGAUCCGUGGAGAGGGAGACUGGCAAAGUUUGGCCAUUGUCAGACUGGCAGAUACGGGGACAGGGGACACGCUGGAGGUGGCCAAGUUUUCUACAACACCUGAUGCAGCAUCUGGAGCAAGAACCGACCGGAGGGUCAAAUAUGACGUCAGAAAGUCCGGAAAUGACGUCACGUUCAUUGUGACAAUUUCCCAUCCAGUGUGCAGCGAUGACGGGUUUUACCAGUGUGUGGUGACCUUGACCCCGGGGGUCGUGAUGACCUCAAGGUUCAGAGUAACUCUCUCUUCUCCCUCCCAGGGCCCCGUGCUGCACGUGCCAGACGAGAUAGUGGAGGACAAACCUACCCGGUUGAAGACCACCUGGGAUGCCGGAAAUCCAGAAUUCAAUGGAAUCUUAGAAUGGGACAUUUUGGACAACAACACCUGGUCAGAGUUGUCCUACACUGAGUACCAACAAACACAAACUCGAACCAACUGCUCCACGAUCAUAGAGAGUCAGUUCCUAGUGACGCCCAAACUGGCGUGGAAUGCGACAAGGAUUCGGGCGAGUGUUAUUCCCACCCCUUCGUUUAUGGACACGGCGGACACAGCGGCUGGUGUCAGUCUGGAAUCUCAACAUGAGGAAAUACUAGUAGUGCCAGCUGACGUGUGUAACGGUUCAAGUAACGGGACGUUCAUCAGCCAUCCGUACACCUGUCACAAGUUCAUCAGGUGCAUCGACAACGACAUCUUGGUGUUUGUUUGCCCAUCUAACCUCUGCUUUGACCUUGACCCCGAGACAUGUGUCAAAGCAUCUGAUCACGUGGUAUAGUCUACACAUCCUUAACACUCAAGAACAUCAACGAACACCGGCUAUUACAUACGUUGGCAAAGAUCUGUAUGCCUUAAAAUGUCCGGCGAUGCUUUGUCAGUACUCGUCAGAAAUCAGCAGUACUCGUCAGAAUAAGAGCGACAUCCCAUCAACUCAUCCCUGAAGACCUUAUCAGCUUUAAGUGAUGACUAUGUACUAUAUAGGAGAAGGUUGUAGUGAUGACUAUAUACCUAAGAGAAAGUUGUAGUGAUGACCUGUGUUCCAGUCAUACAAUUCCCACCGUCACUGUGCCUGUUAUGCCCAAUGGAGUGUAUUUAGGCGGAUAAUCCAAACUGGUCAUUCUCUGACUUUGACGUAUAUUUACAUCACAUAACAUAUUGCUGCAGUGUUUGUCUAAGUGUGGCCAGUUUUACCAUUUCUUUUAUGCAACUUGUACAACAAACACGUUCAUUUCAAAGUGGUAACAUGGACUUUAGGGUUGGGCAACAUUGACAUCUUAUGUAGACUAACAUAUAGUCUCUGUAAUGAACAUGUUGUACAAGAAAAAAACUGUUCAUAAAAAAUAAUCAUUAAAUUGAUGAAAAGGA